GCUCGGAUCGGGCUGGAAUCGUGGGGUGGAAUGGGAGGGGAUGGUGGGUGACGUUAAGAUGUCUGUCUAGGUACUGGCUCGGCUGCAUCCCAAGGGAGAGAGGAACAGCCUCGCGUCGCCCAUCCCAGGGUAAAAAUGAACGUGGGAGUUGCCCACAGCGAGGUAAAUCCAAACACUCGGGUGAUGAACAGCCGUGGAAUGUGGCUGACAUACGCGCUUGGAGUCGGCAUGCUGCACAUUGUCCUGCUCAGCAUUCCCUUCUUUAGUGUCCCUGUCGCCUGGACUUUAACAAAUGUCAUUCACAACCUGGGAAUGUAUGUGUUUUUGCAUGCAGUAAAGGGAACUCCUUUUGAAACACCUGAUCAGGGCAAAGCUAGGCUACUAACACACUGGGAACAACUGGAUUAUGGAGUACAAUUCACAUCUUCAAGGAAGUUCUUCACAAUCUCUCCUAUAAUUCUGUACUUCCUGACGAGUUUCUAUACAAAGUAUGAUCCGACACACUUUAUCCUCAACACAGCCUCUCUCCUGACAGUGCUUAUCCCCAAGCUCCCACAGUUGCAUGGGGUUCGAAUCUUUGGCAUCAAUAAAUACUGAGCAGAAGGUUCAACACUGGCUGCCCCUGACAUGGCUACUGCUGCUCCCUGGGUGUAGGAAACGAGUAGUCUGCUGUGCUGAGUAUCUCGCCCUAGUCAGGGAGAGAUGCUUUUACGUCUGAGAUACAAUUCCUGCUUCCCGCAGCAUUGUCUGGGAUGAAAAUCAACUUUAUAUGAAGAUGCCUUCAGAUACUUCAAUAUGUAUUGGAAAUGCAUAGAAGAAAGAUUUCCAUGAAGAACUGGGCAGGCCCAGCUCUAAAGCCUAAUCCCCACUAAGACUGUACGUGUGGCUGAUGCAAGUGGCUCGUAAGGAAGGUACAUGUAACAGCUGAAAUGGAGAGGAGAGUUUCACAAAUGCCCAUCAUCCAUAAUGCAGGUGGUAACUUUACAUAUAAAUCCAGAAUCCUCAAUGCCAAGGACUGGUGAGGCCACAUUGUUAGACUAAGAGAAAUUAGGUAGUUUCUGCUGUAAUGGAUUGUAAGUGGUUGUGCUUGUUUAUGCAUUGUAAGUUUGUCCCACAGUAAGUACUGUGACAGCAAGCAUAAAUUGAUGGUAUAAUUCCUGCCUUCACUGUUCUUGUGAUUUUUUAAAUUUUUUUUUUUUUUUUGGUCACAAUGACUGAAGAAAGACCCUGACUGCCAGCUCGGGAUUUCCACAUCAACUGUAUCUCACUUUAUGUAUGCUUUUCCAAGUUGCCACUGUUCAGUUUAUUUCAUUUUGCUUACCAGGAUACUGAAUAUUCUAUGUGUAAAUGGGACAUCCUGAAAAAUUGCAGUUUCUUUUUAGGUGUGGA